AUGGCCGUCUCAACCCCACCCUCCACCGACAAUAACAUCGUCCAUAUUUUAUCGCACCGCUACGGCCCCUCAACACUCACCCGAAUAGCCAUCUUUGCCUCCCUCGCCGCCCUAGCCUGGUACAACGCCAUCGAGCUAAUAGCCCUCUGCUUCAUCUCCUUCCAGCGCUACCGCGGCACCUACUUCUGGAGCCUCCUAAUCGCCUCGUCCUGCAUAAUCCCACACUGUCUCGGCUACGUCCUCCUCUUCUUCCCAAUCAACAUAACGCCCUGGCUAUGCAUCUCCCUCAUCACCGUCGCCUGGUGCGGCAUGGUAACCGGGCAAUCUGUGGUCCUCUGGUCGCGCCUGCAUCUGGUGCUUCACAACAGGCGCGUGUUGCGCGGGGUGUUGUGGAUGAUUUGCGUCGAUGCGGUGCUGUUUCAUGUACCGACUAUCGUGACCUUGUAUGGGUUUGUGGGGGAGCCGGAGAGUGCGUGGGCGCGUGGAUAUGAAGUUACGGAGAGGGUACAGCUGGUGGGGUUUUGUGUUCAGGAGUUGGUUAUUUCGGGCAUUUAUGUUUUUGAGACGGUUAGGCUUCUUAGGCUCAGACCUGAGGGACGACCAAAGGGGGUUUUGGAACAGCUUUUGGUUAUUACUGUUAUUAUUUUGGUGCUUGAUGUUGCGGUGGUCGUUAUUGAGUAUGUUGGUUACUAUGAUUUGCAGGUUAUGUUUAAACCUGUGGCUUAUAGUAUCAAGCUGAAGCUGGAAUUUGCGAUUCUGGGUAAGCUGGUUGCUAUUGUGCGGGCUCCUUAUAAUCAUUCCGCGCUGCGGUAUAACGGGCGCGAUUUUGAUGAGACUACGCCGGCGCGCGCGGAUGGGUAUCCGGCUGUGUCUUCGGACUCGUCGACGCCGACUCAACUGGUGUACACUCCACCGUGGCAGGGAGGUCAAGAGGGAACAAGCUAUUCAACGUCUACUUCAUGUGGCAUUUUGCGCGGUGCACGACAGUCUGUUUGUGUAUAG